AUGUAUCCCAUCUUCCACCAGCCUACAUUUACGCAGGAUGUCAAUGACGUCUACAAUGGCUCGACUGACCCCUACCAGAACUACUGCCUGCGCAUGGUCAUUGCCAUUAGCCUGCAGAAAAUGGACACACAGUACGCGGGCCUUGCCGACAGCUACUAUCUCGCCGCCCUCAGGUACUUUGAAGCCGCCAUCAAGCCCAUGAACCUGAAAACACUGCAGUGUUUUUGCCUGGUAGCGGGAUACUCGCUCUUGACGCCCACGAGAACGGCCGUCUAUUACAUUGUCGGCCUUGGCGUGAGACUAUGUCAGGCCCUGGGCUUACACGAAGAGAAAACCAUUACCAUGGGCCCGGGCGGCCGAUCAGCAGAUCCUCUGGAAGUCGACAUGCGGAGGCGCCUGUUCUGGUGCAUACUCACCAUGGAUUACGGCCUUUCGCACAGCUUAGGACGACCUGCGCAUUGCGCCACACGGCGAGAACACAUUGAUGUCAACUUUGGCGAGCUGGUCGAUGAUUGCUACAUUACCAGGGAAGGCAUCAAGCCAGCGCCCCAGGCAUCGCUGAAGAAAUGGAUUGGAAUCCAUUUUUACAAGAUGCGCUUGCUGCAGCUGGAAAUCCGCAAGAUGCUAUACCAAAAGAAGAAACCCGAGCCCAAAAACGACCAGCACCCCUGGUUUAUUCAGAUGCAGGCAAAGAUUGAGGCAUGGCGAGAUACGAGCCCAGAGAUGGAUGGCGGAUCAGGCCUAAACAAGGUUUGGUACGUGUUCACCGGGCGAUACAAUACCAUGGUCGUCUUCAUGUACCGCCCUUCGCCGCAGGUUCCCCGUCCGUCCGUCGAAGCCGCCAUCCGGUGCUACGACGCCUGUCAAUACAACAUCUACAUGACCAUGAAGCAGAUUGAAACCAAGAGCGUCGACGUGACCUGGAUCUUCACCCAAGCCAUUUUCAUGUGCAUCAACACGGUGCUCUGGACUCUAUCCUACUCCCAUGUGCGGAAGCUUCAUAGCCGCGAAGAGGUUGAGACCCAUCUCAACGUUGCGAUUGAGUCGAUAAAGAAAGCGUCUGAACGAUGGCCCGGCGUCGAGUCUGCCAUUGGCCUGUACCACAACCUCAUCAGCGCGUGCAUGAAGAUUUACGACAAAGACGGCGACGUCCCCAUCUCGGCUAGCUCUCCGUCAGAUACUGCGUCGGUAGCAAAUGGCAAUGUAGAUGGCAUCAACCGAUCGCGAACUACAAGCCCAGCAACAGCGUCCACUGCAUCAGUGGGCACACCGUCCGACAGAGUACCGGCGCCGUUUGGAUAUCUACCGAAUCACAAUCAGCAACUGUUCAACUUUAGCAACGGCCAAGUGAAUACACCCGCUCCAUUCUCCAGCGCCCCGAGCAUGCCGCAGCCCGACUUGCAUACUUCGCCCCAACAGCCUCCGCCCAUGGCGUACAAUGACGUGAGCCCAAAAUCAUCAAUGGACACUGGCAUACCCAUUUACAAUUAUCCGUCGACUACGCAAUUCAACUCGCUACCCACGACCUUUGCCGAGCUACCUCAAUGGAAUCCGACCUUUACGAUGCCGUCCCAGGACAACUACAACAUGCCAACGAUGCCCAUGUCAUCACCCUUCUACAACGAAACGUAUGCAGCGAACCAAGGUUAUGAAAUGGCCGACUACCUCAAUCCAGCCUGGAGCCAAGAUGCCAGAGGGACGGGAUUGAACCAGCAACAACAGAUGGAGCUGAUGCACGACUUUGAAAUGAACGAAUCCAAGAACAUUGAGAUGAUGAUUGAACAAAGUCACCAACUAUUCCGACCUCCACAGCUAAACACGUACUAA